AUGACGGAUAUCUUCAACGCUGAUGUCAGCCUCGCCAUCAAGGUCGGCCUUACCGAAAAGCCAGUUCGCCGGGGUCACUCGAUAGCACCGCGCGUGCGCAACCCCAGGCCCGGCACCUAUGAACUGACGGACAAGGGCCAUGCGCUGCGUAUCGACGUCGAGAAACUGCCCAUCUACACUCCGGACGCCCAUCACCUGCGGGCCCUUGUCGACGACCUGGGCGUGGAGAUGCUCGAAGCUAAAGCAGUUAUCAAGACGGAUCUACAAACACUCGUCGUUGGGGACAUCUAUGGCAAUUUCAACGACCUUUGGCGCAUCUUCCAUUACUGGCUGUCGCGGAUGAGCGAAAAAGGGCCCGAAAUCAAG